UAUUAAGUUAAGAACCAUUUUAUAAAAAUAUGUAGGUUAGUAUAUCAUGUUUAGGUUAUACUGUUAAAAGUUUUGUUAGCUUAAGAAUCAAGUUAAAUAGCAUCUUUAAAAUGAAAAAAGAAGAUAUUAAACAGUAUUUUUUAACAAUUCUCCAAAAAGAGAAAGAUGUAUCUGCUGGAAUUGCUGCUAUCAGAACUUUGAUGGAAAUUCUAAGAAAAUACAGCUACAAAACUAUCCAAGGACUAGAUGAGAAUUUGAAAAUGGGUGUCGAAGCCAUGCAAGAGACAAACUGUCCUGUAGCUGCGAUUAAUUCAGGAUGUGAGCUGUUUCGUAGGUUUAUUACCUUUACAAAACUAGACACAGAGACAUUUGACGAAUGCAAGGAGAUUAUGUUGAACAGAGGUCAUCUUUUCAUAAAGAAUCUUAAUGAAGCCAAAGGAAAAAUUGCUAAAAGAGCGUCACAGUUUAUUGUGGAUGGUUCUAAAGUCUUAACUCAUUCAAGAUCUCGAGUGGUAUUGCAGACACUAAAAGAAGCUGCUAAACAAAAUAAACAAUUUGAAGUAUUUGUCACAAAAUCUGCACCAGAUAACAGUGGUGAAAAGAUGUGUAAAGACUUGAAGGCUGCUAAUAUACCUCACACUUUAAUAUUGGACUCAGCAGUUGGUUACAUAAUGGAACAGGUUGAUUUUGUAAUUGUAGGGGCUGAAGCUGUUGUAGAAAGUGGAGGAGUGAUAAAUAAAAUUGGAACCUAUACUAUGGCUCUCUGUGCAAAAGAAAUGAACAGACCGUUUUAUGUCCUUACUGAAAGCUUUAAGUUUUCCCGUUUGUUUCCAUUAAAUCAAGCAGAUCUUCCAGAUACUUAUAAAUAUACGCCUGAUAUGAGGAAACAAGAUAUAAGUAAACUAAACCCCCUUGUGGAUUACACUCCCCCUGCAUUAAUUACCCUUCUCUUUACUGAUUUGGGUAUUCUUACCCCGUCUGCUGUUAGUGACGAACUAAUUAAAUUAUAUCUGUAAUAAUUUUUGUGUAUUUGUUUGUUUAAUAAAAUGAUUUUUUUCUUCAAGCACGA